UUUUGGUUUUUUUUUUUGUUUUCCGGUUUUUUGGGCGCGGAAAGCAUGAGGCGCGCUUUCUGAGGCCGGGAGUCAACUGCGAUGAGUGGAGAAAGCGCCUAAGCGACGGGUGGAUCCCGAAGGGGAUGGAUUUUGAGCAUCAGGCGUUCGUGGUGAGAUGAGUCUUUAGAUUUAAAAAUAAAUAUUCAGGGACUGCUCUUCAAAGGGCCCAGGCUCAACUCUCAGCACACACAUGCUAUCUUACAAGCAUCUCUAACUGUAGUCCCAGAGGCUCUGUGAUCUCCUCUGGCCUUCAUGAGCACCAAGCACACUUGUGUUUCACAGAUAAUGCAUGCAGACAAAGCACAGUAUUUAUCAUUGUAAUUGUACUGUUUAAAUCAAAAUGCCUGGUAAAGCAAAUGCUUCUAAGAAGAAAUCUCAACAGUUAAAGAGAAAUUCAAAACGAAGAGCUAAUGAGGAAGUGGAUUUGCCAGAGAAUGAGGUUGGAAACACAGUGAAAAGAAACAAAAGUCAUUCCGGGCAUCUGUCCUCUAAAGGAACAGGAGAAGCAAAAUGUAUUAACCGAAAACAGGUAAGAGUAGCAUCCAAAAAGAGAACAAACUGGCAGCCUCUUCCAAAGACGACUGAAGAAUAUUUGCAAAAUAUGAUGGAAUCAGCAAUUCUAGAAAUUUUAAACAAAAACAUUAAAGGAAAAGAACAAAUUCAGUAUCACCUCAACUGCUUAAAGAAAAGAUUACUACAACAGUGUGGAACAGUGAAAGUCCCUCCCAGACAGCUGAACUAUUUAACUAAUGUGUCAAAUCUGCUGAAAAUGGAAACGGCACAGCAAAGAGCUAAUAAAGCGGAACUGGCUUUACUACAGGAAGAAAUAGACAAAAUAGUAGAGACUACAGAAUCAAUGACUGAGACGAUUCAGAGCCUAAAGCACCAAAUUGAGAUUCUGACAAAUGAGGUAGAAGAGGAGGAGCAGCAGGUGAAAGAGAAAUUUCACGUGGAUAGUAAUAGGGUACUGUCUCUUCCAGAACUUCCUCAGAAAAGUCUUAAAGCACCCAUACUUCAAAAAGAAAUUUUGGCAGUAAUUCCAAACCAGAAAGCUCUUCUGAAGGACUUGGAUGUCCUUCAUAAUUCAUCCCCAGUGAAGAACAUGUCAGCAUUCAUUCAAGAAGCCUAUAAGAAACUUGAUGGCUCUUAAAGAGUUGGUUUUUGUUUUUGAGCAUUGUUCCAUUUUAACUUACUGUUUUUGAAUCGUAAGACUUGCCUCUUUAAGACAGAGUCUCCCUCUCUGUGUAGCCUGGGCUGGCUCUGUGUCACCCAUCCUGCCUUGAACUCACAGCAGUCCUGCCUCAGCGUCUGAGUGCUGGAAUUCCAUGUGUGAGCUACACAUCUGGCUGGACGUUGUACAGCUUAACUGUAAUAAUACCACGAAGCUGAUGUUUCUGCAGAACAAUCACCCUCUCUUUCCCACCUUAAAAAUAGCCUUGUGGGCCUAUCAUUAGUAUCUAAUGUUCUAAAAAAUGGUUUAUAGCAGUUGCUAAAUCUAGCAGCUACAUAUAUGCUACAUCUGUAAUUAUUUGCUAAAACUGUGUACUAAGAAUGAUUUUUAAAAUUAAAUAAAAAGGCCAUGUUGUAACAGUU